AAUGUGGUGUCGAAGAGCGCCCUUCAGUUCAAGGGGAACUCUCAGCACGACGCCCAGGAAUUCCUCCUCUGGUUGCUCGACAGGGUUCACGAAGACCUCAACCAAAUCGUCCACCCAGACAUCAGACCUCCCAGGAAGCCUCCAGUAGAAGAAGAAACGGUCCCUGAAGGAUCUCCACUACCAGCACCUGGCUCUUUUGUACAGGAGCUGUUUCAGGCACAAUACAGGUCCUCCCUGACUUGCCCUCACUGCCAGAAACAGAGCAACACCUUUGAUCCUUUCCUCUGCAUCUCACUGCCAAUCCCGGUACCUCACACACGGCCCCUGUAUGUGACAGUGGUGUACCAAGGAAAGUGCUCCCACUGUAUGAGAGUCGGGGUGGCGGUGCCUCUGUCUGGCACCGUGUCCAGGUUGAGACAAGCUGUGGCCCAAGAGACCAAAAUCCCUGCCCAACAGAUUGUCCUCACUGAAAUGUACUACGACGGCUUUCAUCGCUCCUUCUGCGACGACGACGACGACCUUGAGAUCAUCCAGGAGAGCGACUCCAUCUUUGCCUUUGAGACACCUGAGCUAUUCAGACCGGAGCAGAUCCGCUCCAAGCGAGGCGGAAGCCCGCAUGCAAAUCUCAAUCAGAACAACUUGAAGUAUGGCACAGAUAAUAAUAGGAUAUCCACGCAAAUACAAGAGCCUACAACGCCGCCUCAGAGUCCUAACAAGAACAGUGGGCAGGCUGAGAAGAUCGUCCUGCUGGUGUGCAACAGAGCCUGCGCUGGACAGCAGGGACGCAGGUUUGGCAAUCCAUUUAUUCUGUAUUUGGAGCGCACAGUGACGUGGGAUAUUCUGCAGAAAGAGAUCCUGGAGAAGAUGAAGCAUCUUUUGCGCCCUGGAGUCUUUGUUCAGGUGGGGCCCUUCACUUUGCGAGUGGUAGGAGUGGUCGGGAUCACAUAUCUCUUGCCUCAGGAGGAGCAGCCGCUCUGCCACCCCUCCGUGGAGAGGGCGUACAAGUCCUGCGGUCCUGGAGGGCCGCCUCAUGUCAAAAUCGUCGUCGAAUGGGACAAGGAGACGAAAGACUAUCUGUUCAAAAGAACGGAGGAUGAAUACAUCCCAGAUGCUGAAAGUGUGCGUCAAGUGAAGGAGCAGCAUCUGCAGCCUCAGACCUGCUCCCUCGCACAGUGCUUUCAACUCUACACCAAAGAGGAACAGCUCGCCCCUGAUGAUGCGUGGCGAUGUCCACACUGUAAGCAGCUGCAGCAGGGCAGCAUCAAGCUCAGCCUGUGGACUCUGCCAGACAUCCUCAUACUUCACCUGAAACGCUUCAGACAGGAUGGCGAUCGGCGAAUGAAGAUGCAGAACAUGGUGAAGUUCCCGCUCACAGGCAUGGACAUGGCACCCCAUAUGGUAAAGAGGAGCCAGAGCAGCUGGAGUCUCCCCUCCCACUGGUCACCGUGGAGACGGCCUUACGGGAUGGGUCGCGAUCCGGAGGACUACCUGUACGACCUGUAUGCAGUGUGUAACCAUCAUGGGACCAUGCAGGGAGGGCACUACACAGCUCACUGUAAGAACUCCAUCGAUGGACAGUGGUACUGCUUUGAUGACAGCGACGUUCAUCCCAUAUCUGAAGACGACGUGUGCAAGCAGACUGGUUACAUCUUGUUCUAUCAGAGACGUGCAACCAUCCCAUCUUGGUCUGCCAACAGCUCUGUGGGAGGCUCCACCAGUUCCUCUUUGUGUGAGCACUGGAUUAGUCGGCUGAUGGGAAGCCGUCCGCCCAGCCAGGCCUCGUCUGGGUCCUCCAGACGUACCUCUCUGGCUUCCCUCUCUGAAUCUGCUGAGUUUGCUGGUGAACGGAGCGAGGACGAUGGUUUAUCAUCGCGACCUGCAGUCAGAGGGAUGCAAAGGCAAACAUUCUCCUCAAGAUCUUCCAUCGCCAGCCCACUGGUGCUGAGUGAAAACGGCACUAAACCAUCCUGGUCCCAUUCUGCUAAGCUCCAGCUCCGUUCCAACUCUCCCUCUCGCUUCUCUCUGGAGUCCCACUCCUCCUCCCCGACACUGGAGAGGAUAGGAGAAGUGGUUGAUAGCCAGCUGCCAGCUUCGUGCUUCACCGGAUCACCUAAACCAGACAAGCUGUCAGGGGGCAAGUCAGGCCUUGCUGCUGUGGAUGCUAGUGCAGGCACUAAGAGGCUCAUAGAGCAGGUGCACUCCAAAGCAGUGGCCCAGGCUGAGCAGAGGAACUCCACCCAGACAGGGGAUAACAACAACGCAGUCGCUGCUGCCGAACAGGUCAGUCCUCGACACAGUGGCGCUGCAAAGGAGCUGAAACAAAGAAAUGGAGCUGCAGACAGCGCUGGUGCUAAAAGGACCUCAGCCAAGACCGGGAUAGAGAGUGAAAGGAGUCCCAAGAAGCGUCCUGCCACCUCCUCGACAUCAUCCAGCUCUCUGUCUCCUGCAUCUCCUGCCAUCGACAAGUCUCCGUCUCGAACACAGGCCAAGAGUCCAAACCCCAAGGACAAAAGCGAUGGACCGGCCAAAGCUAGCAAGAGUGGUUCCUCAAGAACAGCAACUCCCUCCAAGAAAGGAUCAUCCCAAACCCCGGAGGUGUUACGUCCCGACUCUGCCCAGCAGAGGAAGAGUGGUUCUCCAGCAUCACAGAGCUCACACCCUCCGAGGAGGACGUCACCCAGAGGGGGAGGUGAGAAAAGCUCGGCCUCAGCAAGGACUAGAGCAGCAGACAGGAGCACUAGUCGUGACUCCUCACGGACCAGUGCAGUGCCAGAGAGGAAAGUUUCUCAUGGAGGUCCUGCCUCCAGGCAGAGUGCUGCUAGUAGGGCAGAGAGCAGGCCGGGCAGGGCUGGUGAGGACAGAGCAGCUGGCCGGAGCUCAAGUAGUAGCUCCUCCAUGGCUAGUCUCAGAACCUCAAGUGUAGGUGCUUCCUCUGCGAGCGCAGCUCCACCUUCAAGGGGACCUCGAAGGAACAGUAAGACAGAGGACAAAGGCUUGUCCUUCUUUAAAACUGCUCUGAGGCCCAAAGAAGCCCGCAAACCAAGCGAUAGUGGGAAAUCAGGGGCGGGAGAAUCUAAAGGAAGUCCAGAGGACGGUGGUGGGGAUGCAGCUCGAGAAGGAAGCUCACACGGAGCGAGUAAAAAAGCCCAAAAUGCGGCUUCAGAGGCCCAGACUAACGCGACAGCAGCCAAAGAGAAGGAAUCAUCUAAAACAUCAGCCGCAGCUAAACACUCACUGCUGCCCUCCACAAAGUCAAAGCUCUCUGGAGCAGAAACCACCUCCCAGUCUUCUGCCAGUGCAAAGGACCCUUCAAAGAAAGAGCCUGCUAAAAAGACAAUACAGUCCAGGAAGAUCCCCAUCAACUCCUCACAAACUAGCCAGAGAUCCAAGUGA